GGUCAUGGUUUUGGACACCGUGAGAGUCGACUCGCAUUAAUAGUAAGUGACGAGAUAAACGAGAGGGGGGGGGGAUUCCAGAAUUUAGCUUAGUACAGCUUGUAAACACAGCAGUUCAAGGCGGACUGUGCCUAACCAGAGCGAGAAGGGAAUGUUACUCAAAGCUUGGCAGGACUCGGUUUGAAUUUUGAUAUGAACUUAUGUGGUAGUCCUCCCAAUUCAGACUUUGAGCCGGAAGUUGGGAUCCCUGUUUGCGAGAGUAUUUAAUACUUGUACGUGGAAUACGCCGGUUUCGAGAUACGCUCGAGUUAUUUCCCUUUGAAGAACUCUCGUACAUAGAAAGGCGCGAAACAACUUGUUUACAUGCGGGAGUGGGACGAAUAUUCAUCACUGCAUAAGUGAAUGUACUCAUUAAGUCUCUCAUAUGCUGUUUCAUCACCCAAAUUCAACUUAUACACAAACUAAGUUGUAUCAUGACUUGAUGAAGGCGGCCAGUGGUGAAAAGAGAGGAACGCCUGAUACAGAAGAUGGUAGACGAACACGUCACCACAGAACCACGUGAUGCACCUGUCAUCAGCGAACACGUGCUUCACGACUACAUUGCUGGGGCGGUUGGAGGUAUGGCAGGGAUCAUCGUUGGUCAUCCGUUUGACACAACAAAGGUACAGCUUCAAACCCAGUUACACAGUAACCGAUACAACGGGACCAUUGCUGCAGUCCUCAACAUCAACAAAUACGGAUGGGUGCACGGAUUUUAUCGCGGACUGUCAACCCCACUGUUGUUUUACGGAGUCGUUAACUCGGUAUUCUUCGGUGUUUACGGAAACACUCUCAAGUUUUUGGAAGGCGAUAGGGACAAGAGAAGGUCAUCUUACCUGAACAUCUAUCUGGCAGGGUGCGCGGGAGGGGCGACUCAGCUGAUCCCCGGUAUACCGACGGACUACGUCAAAGUAGUGCUGCAAUCACAGAUUCCCCGACACUCUGCUGACUCCGGUAAGAAGAUACAUGUAGCAUUCAAAGGUCCGAUAGAAUGCGCAAGGCAUAUAGUGAGAGAACAUGGCGUAAGAGGGCUAUACAAAGGGGGCGUGGCCAUGGCGUGGAGGGAGGUCCCUAGCUACGGUUUAUAUGGACUGACAUACGAGGUCCUAUCCCAUUGGCUGAAGACGUCCGGCUGGUCAGACUCCCAAGGGGUCAUCGCUGACCUGUUGGCUGGGGGAUGUGCGGGAACACUCACGUGGGCGUCCAUUAUUCCUUUUGAUGUAGUAAAAAGUCGAUUUCAGGCAGACUUUGCCGGAGAAUACGCAGGUCUGAUUGACUGUGCGGUGAAGAGCUACAGAGAGGAGGGGUUCGGGGUGUUUUACCGGGGAUGUUUUGUCACGUGUUUACGGGCAUUUCCCGUCAAUGCUGUGACGUUUCUUGUGUAUUCUCAGUCCAUGAAGUACAUGGAGUCAGGAUACUAGAAGAGCACAGGACGAAAUGUUCUGCUCAUGCUAACACAAUUACAACCCCAAUUAUUUGAACUACAAUGAACAUCAUAUUUUAUUCGAUUAAACAACGUAAUACUCAUAAUAUUUGGGUAAUACAUUUCGUUUCGAAGGUAGCUGAAUAUGUGAAGUGAUCAGACUGCGGUUUUUAACUCAGUGUAAUGCUAGUCGUGGAUGAAUUCAGAAAAUUUUCAAAGGGAGAGGGGUUGUAGGUAUAUUUGAGAUUUGAUAUCUGUUUUUGCUGAAUCAUAAUUGUGACAUUCUGUACCCUUUGUAAUGGAACUUGGUGAGUAAAUGAAUUUAUAGAGGA